CUUUGCAGGCGUGGACUGCAUACUCUUCAAGGAGAGAGAAAGCUGAUAAUUUUUCGUUUGAUUUCUUAAAAUAGGCUUAAUUUGAUCUUCAUUCCUCAAACCCUCCAUCCCCAAUAGCCAGAUUAACAAAUAUGGCAAUCUGAUUAUAAGAAUCAGACGAAUUUUCCUGCAUUUUCUCGACCUUUCUUCUUCUUUCUUCACCAAUUUUCCGAGGAAGAAAGCAAUCGAGAAAAUUAAAAAAAUGGGUAUCGUCCCAAAUCAAAGACUCACAAGACCAGGGUCAGCACUAGAAGAUGUAGAAUCGCUCAAUUCUAAUGGAGCUUCGUCAUCGGGUAAUAUUAUUAGCAAUACGAAGAAAAGAUGGUACAAUUUGUUGCCUUUAGUCGUAGCCCUAGUGGUUGUAACAGAGAUUGUUUUUCUGGGUCGACUCGACAUGGCCAAGAACGCCGAGCUGGUCAACUCUUGGGCUGACUCGUUCUACCAGUUUACGACGUCGUCUUGGUCGCGUGAUGCGAUGGUGGGUCGUGAUGGGAGCGGGUUGGGUGUUUUGGGUGGUUUUGAUCGGAGCUCCUCCGAGGGUGAGAGCUGUGAGGAGUGGUUGGAGAGAGAAGACUCUGUUGUGUACGCUAGGGAUUUUCAGAAAGAACCCAUCUUUGUUUCUGGGGGUGAGCAGGAGUGGAAGUCUUGUGCUGUGGGAUGUAAGUUUGGAUUUGACUCCAACAAGAAGUCUGAUGCUGCGUUUGGGUUACCUCAACUAGCUGGGACAGCAAGUGUGCUUAGAUCAAUGGAAUCAGCUCAAUACUAUUCCGAGAACAGCGUUGCUAUGGCACGACGGAGAGGAUAUAAAAUUGUUAUGACAACGAGUCUCUCAUCAGAUGUUCCUGUUGGGUAUUUUUCUUGGGCUGAGUAUGAUAUUAUGGCCCCUUUGGAACCAAAGACUGAGAGUGCUUUGGCAGCCGCUUUCAUUUCUAAUUGUGGUGCUCGCAACUUUCGCUUGCAAGCUCUUGAAGCGCUUGAGAAAGCAAACAUCAAGAUCGAUUCUUAUGGUGCUUGUCACCGAAAUCGUAAUGAAAGAGUGGACAAAGUUCAAGCCCUGAAGCGCUACAAAUUCAGUUUGGCUUUUGAGAAUUCCAACGAGGAGGAUUAUGUCACUGAAAAAUUCUUCCAGUCUCUUGUUGCAGGAUCUGUUCCUGUGGUUGUUGGUGCUCCAAAUAUACAAGAAUUUGCUCCUUCCCCUGGUUCAAUUUUGCAUAUUAGGGAGAUCAAAGAUGUUGAUUCAGUUGCCAAGAAAAUGAAAUACCUUGACGGAAAUCCCGAGGCAUACAAUCAGUCAGUAAGGUGGAAGUUUGAGGGCCCAUCUGAUUCUUUCAAGGCCCUUGUAGAUAUGGCAGCAGUUCAUUCAUCAUGCCGUCUGUGCAUUUACCUUGCAACAAUGAUACGAGAAAAUGAAGAAAAGAGCCCAGGUUUUCCAAAACGGCCUUGCAAGUGUACCAGGGGCUUAGAAACCGUGUAUCAUUUAUAUGCACGGGAAAGAGGGACAUUUGAGAUGGAGUCCCUUUUCUUGAGGUCCAGAAAUUUGACUAUGGAGGCCUUAGAAUCUGCUGUGCUCUCAAAGUUCAUAUCUCUGAAACACGUACCCAUUUGGAAACAGGAAAGACCCGAUAGCAUAAGAGGAGGGGAUGAGCUCAGAGUUCACAGAAUAUAUCCUGUUGGGAUAACGCAGAGGCAAGCAUUAUACACCUUCAGAUUCAAAGGGGAUUCCGAAUUUAGAAGUCACAUUGAAAGCAACCCAUGUGCAAAGUUUGAAGUCAUCUUUGUCUAGCAAGCUUGGAGUAUCGUUUACUCGGGUCGAAGCAGUGACUUCUUUUGAGCAGCACCCUUUGCUGUAAACUUUGCAAAGAGAUCUCAGUUGGAUCUGUUACUGAUCUUUUUUUUUUUUUUAUCACUCCUUCCCUGUAUCAUCCAUUGUUUUUAACGGGAACAAUACAUCUGAAGAGACAGGGAAAAAGCAGCAGAGACUUGUGAUCUUAAAGAUGGUAAUUCUAUUUAUGGUAGAGUGACUGAUUCUGAUUUCUCUUACGCGUAGAAAUAAUAUUUGAGAAUUGAGGUUAAGCACUGUUUUCCAUUUUUAUUGUGUUUUUUUCCCUUUCUUUUAUAUUAAUGUCUUGUUGGGAUACUUGAUCUGGAUCCAGGUUCAC